AUGGUGAAUUAUGCUCUCAAAGUGAGUGGUCAGCCAAAAUUGGCCUAUGUUGGACAUUCACAAGGAUGCAAAAUGGCUUUGGAAUGUUUCACAAGUAUGGCCCCAAAUAGUAGAAAUUUGAAAUAUGCCGCAUGUCCUCGCGAUUUCACGGAUAAAAUUUCCAUUUUUAUCGCGUUGGCUCCUGUGUCGUAUUUGAAUCAUCCAGGAAGUGAAAUGGUGAAAAUUUUGGCUCGUCUCCAUGUUGAUGAAGUAUUGGAAGGUUUAGGCGUGAAUGAAUUUUUACCAUCGACUAAGCAAAUUCAGAAAUGGGAACCUCGCAUCUGUUCCAAUAGCAUUCUCGAAAAGGAAAUUUGCAUGAAUACCUAUUGUUUACUGAAUGGAUGCCAUGGAUUGAAAGCAAAAGCCAACGAAACAAGACUUCCUCUCUAUAUGGAUCGAUUACCAGCAGGAACUUCAACAUUAAAUGCAGGUCAUUGGGCUCAAUUGGUUCGAUCUGGAAAUUUCCAAAUGUUUGAUUAUGGAAUGAUUGAAAAUUAUGCACGCUAUCACCAAUUGUCUCCACCUCAAAUUGAAUUGAGAAAUUUGCAUGUGGAUAUUGCAGUGUAUCAUGGUGGUUUGGACGUUUUGGCUGAUGUGAGAGAUGUACAACGAUUUUUAAGUGAAAUUCCUUCUUCACGUGUAAAGAAUGUCAUGUAUUUGGAAGAUUAUGGACAUAUUGAUUUUGUGUGGGGAAUUGAGAAUUAUAGAUCCAUUUAUGUGGAUGUGUUGAAGAGAAUUGCAGAUUCAUUUAAAUAA